GUCCCGAUUCGGCGUAUAAAUAGUGGUAUGGAAUGUGUUGAACGGCAUCAGACAAGUUCAAGUUUUCGUUCCGAAAGCACCAGAUCAAUAAUCAAAAUGUUCAAAUCCGCUGUUGUGUUCCUGGCCAUCGUUGCCUGCGCAUCUGCCAAGCCUGGACUCCUGGGUGCACCUUUGGCCUACACUGCUCCCCUGGCUUACUCUGCUCCCGUGGCUUACACUGCUCCUGGUGCCGUAGUAGCUGCUCCUGCUCCAGUUGUGACCGCCACCAGUAGCCAGGUUUUCGCCAGGAACUACAAUGGCAUCGCCACUGCUCCGCUGAUUGCUCCCGUGGUGACCAAGUCCGUGGCUGCUCCUCUAGCUGCUCCUCUGGCUGCUCCCUUGGCCUACUCCGCACCUCUGAGCUACGCCGCUGCUCCUGCACCAGUUCUCAUCUAA